AUGGUAGAAGAGACUGUGAGAUGCAUGUGCUGGACUGUCACCAUGCUGGAAGAGACUGUGAGAUGCAUAUGCAUAUCUGUCACUGUGGCGGACGAGAUUGCGAGAUGCAUGUGCAGGUCUGUCACCAUGGUGGAAGAGAGUGUAAGAUGCAUGUGCUGGACUGUCACCAUGCUGGAAGAGACUGUGAGAUGCAUGUGCAUAUCUGUCACCGUGGCGGACGAGACUGUGAGAUGCAUGUGCUGGACUGUCACCAUGCUGGAAGAGACUGUCAGAUGCAUGUGCAUAUCAGUCACCGUGGCGGACGAGACUGUGAGAUGCAUGUGCAGGUCUGUCACCAUGGUGGAAGAGACUGUGAAAUGCAUGUGCUGGACUGUCACCAUGCUGGAAGAGACUGUCAGAUGCAUGUGCAUAUCUGUCACCAUGGCAGACAAGACUGCGAGAUGCAUGUGCAGGUCUGUCACCAUGGUGGAGGAGACUGAGAGAGGCAUGUGCAGGCCUAUCACCUUGGUGGAAGAGACAGUGAGAUGCAGGUGCUGGACUGUCACCGUGGCAGACUGUGAGAUGCAUGUGCAGACCUGUCACCGUGAUUGA